CAACGCGGAGGUCUCGCCUGCGGUCAGAGGUAUGCCGAGGCUCCUCCACUUGUGCAUGCUGUGGCUUGGACUCUUGCUGGUUCGAUUUUCCCGUGAACUGAGCGACAUCAGCAGUGCCAGGAAGCUGUGCGGCAGGUACUUGGUGAAAGAAAUAGAAAAACUCUGCGGCCAUGCCAACUGGAGCCAGUUCCAUUUCGAGGAGGAAACCCCUUUCCCACGGUUGAUUGCACAGGCCUCGGAAAAGGUCGAAGCCUUGAGCCCCUACCAUUUCGAAAGCCAGCAAACCACUUUCCCGGCCCGAGGAAGAGGCACAAACCCAGUGUCUACUUCUGCCUCUUGGGAAGAAGCAGUAAACAAUUGGGAAAUGCAGUCACUACCUGAGUAUCACGAUAAAAAGGCAUAUUCACCCCUUGAUAAGGAAAGAGAAUUUUCUUCAUCACAUACCAAUCUGUAUGUUCAUGAGAAUGCAAAAUUUCAGAAGAAAAGUAGAAACAAAAUUAAAACCUUAAGCAAUUUGUUUUGGGGGAGUCAUCCCCAAAGAAAACGCAGAGGAUAUUCAGAAAAGUGUUGUCUUACAGGAUGUACAAAAGAAGAACUUAGCAUUGCAUGUCUUCCAUAUAUUGAUUUUAAAAGGUUAAAGGAAAAAGAUCAUCACUUGUAACUAAGAUAUACUAACCAUCAUAGAAAUUUUUCUAACCUAAUAAAAGCUUAAUACAUUUAUUUUACUCUUUUUAUUUUUUUGUAAUUGUGCUUAUAAGUGAUAUGCUGUGAACAGUGUCUGAAUGCACUUACAAGCA